AGGAAAUGAGUUUUCCUGGCCUCGUAGUUGGUGGAGGUUCCAUUUACCUCUUCUCCAAACGUGGAAGACGGCUGAGCUUGGGUGGGGGUCCGGAAGUGCAACCUGUUUCCUAUAAAAAUGAGGGAAAACAGACGUGCUGCCUCUGGAGCACCUACUUUAUUUGCUUCGGGUGGGAGGAGUAAUCGCUUUAUUAUAGCCGUUAGGGACCAUUUGUGAUUAAAAACAAUAACAACAAAACCACACUUUGCCAAGUUGCUCCUUAUUUGCUGAUUUUUUUGUUUGGGAGAAAAAGUCAUCCAAGCUUGAAGACCCUUGGAGUCAAGUUGUUUACUUCGUUCCAUCCUCCAGCUUGGCAGUAUUUUGGUGUCGUGUAUGGAUAUGUGUAUGCUGGUUUACCCUAUAUUCAAGAUUUCUGUUCCAUGAACAAGUUGAAAUCAUCGCAGAAGGAUAAAGUUCGUCAGUUUAUGAUCUUCACACAAUCUAGUGAAAAAACAGCAGUAAGUUGUCUUUCUCAAAAUGACUGGAAGUUAGAUGUUGCAACAGAUAAUUUUUUCCAAAAUCCUGAACUUUAUAUACGAGAAAGCGUAAAAGGAUCAUUGGACAGGAAGAAGUUAGAACAACUAUACAAUAGAUACAAAGAUCCUCAAGAUGAAAAUAAAAUUGGAAUAGAUGGUAUACAGCAGUUCUGUGAUGACCUGGCACUUGAUCCAGCCAGCAUUAGUGUGUUGAUCAUUGCAUGGAAGUUCAGAGCAGCAACACAGUGUGAGUUCUCCAAACAGGAGUUCAUGGAUGGCAUGACAGAACUAGGAUGUGACAGCAUAGAAAAACUAAAGGCCCAAAUACCCAAGAUGGAACAAGAAUUGAAAGAACCAGGACGAUUUAAGGAUUUUUACCAGUUUACUUUUAAUUUUGCAAAGAAUCCAGGACAAAAAGGAUUAGAUCUAGAAAUGGCCAUUGCAUACUGGAACUUAGUGCUUAAUGGAAGAUUUAAAUUCUUAGACUUAUGGAAUAAAUUUUUGUUGGAACAUCAUAAACGAUCAAUACCAAAAGAUACUUGGAAUCUUCUUUUAGACUUCAGUACAAUGAUUGCCGAUGACAUGUCUAAUUAUGAUGAAGAAGGAGCAUGGCCUGUUCUUAUUGAUGACUUUGUGGAAUUUGCACGCCCUCAAAUUGCUGGGACAAAAAGUACAACAGUGUAGCACUAAAGGAACCUUCUAGAAUGUACAUAGUCUGUACAAUAAAUACAACGGAAAAUUGCACAGUCAAUUUCUGCUGGCUGGACUGAACUGAAGAUCAAUCCUCAUAUUCAAACUGAGGGUUGAGACAAAUCUUUAAGGAUACAUCUUGGACCAUAUCGUAUUUCAUUCUCCUAAUGGUGGUUUGGGCUUGUCUUCUAGUCUGGGCCGCUCUAAACAUUUAUAAUUCCAACAUUGUGGAUUUCAUCUUAUAUCUGUGGACCAUCCUAGUUUGUUUUCCCAUAAGUCUUAGAAGCUUUAUGGUGAUUAUUUUGAGGUUUUCAUUCUUGCAUAAAGCACAAUGCUGUCUUCAUCAGAAAAGUUUGGCAUAAGAAUUAAACAUAAUGAACAUCACAAACAAUUUAUAAAAACUUCUUAAAUAUAUGCUUUGGGCUAGUUGCAAAGACUAUGCUGAUAGCACUUCCAGUGAGAGUGAUAUAUUUAAGUGUACUGAAUCUGGAAUGGUGUUUUUGUUUGGGGGGGGGAUUUAAUUUUUUCCUGGCAAAUCACAUGUAUCAUUGAUAUGAGUAGAAUAUCUGAUGAAAGAAAUGUCAAAACGAGAAAAUUUUUUAGGAUACUUGGUGCCUAUCCAAAAGAUGUAUUGUGUUUUAGACUCUUGAUUCCGAAAAGGUUCCACAGAACUGGUCUGCACUUACCUUUACCUAGGUGGUCCUACAGGGAGCUUUUAUUUAGAAAACAUCUGCAUAAUGCUAGAUCACACUCUGGUCUACAUUAUGCAUUAUGUAAUUGGAUUUCAUUAUGCUUUUGAAAUACUAUAUGCAUACCAGAUACGUUAAACUAUUUAAUUUGUUUUGAAUGUUUUGGAUUGCUCCACAAUACAAUGUUCUAAAUUUAGGCAUGAGGGUUUAUUUUUUGCUUUUUCCUUCUUUUUGGUCAUCGCACUAUGGAAUACAAAUGAAAUUCUCUUAAUUUAUAAGAAGAUAGUAGGAAUUAAAUUUUGGAAAUGGUUGUGAUGAGCCAUGAAGUUCAAUCUUUAUAAUAUAGGUACUGCUCUUUCAGACAAGUAGUCCAUUUUUGAUGACUUGUUAUUUUGUUGAAAUUGCUUUAACUUCUAAAUCACUGUGGUUGCCAAAUAUUUAAAAACUUCAAGAGCAAAGAUUUUCAACCAUCCAUAUACUUUAUGCAGAAUACCAAUCUGGCUUUUAUUUUUGUAAAUUAUUUAAACUUUUUUUUUGUUUCUUUCAAAUUAGCUCAGUUUUCACAUUAAAGCAGUAUGCUCUCUUGUAUUUAUUUUGCUCGUUACAAGGCCCAUGCACUGCUUUCCUGCUGAAAACACCCAUUUGUGUUUACCUACAUGUGAAGGCUUUAAUUACUUUCUUAAAUGUUUUGAUAAGGCAAGUUAAAGAUGAUGAGCUUAAAUUUUAGAUGACCAUGGCCAUUAUAGUAGAAAAAGAUUUUCCUUGGUGUAUCUUGGUACUGACAGUCUAGUAUUGAUAUUAACAAAAGAUGUACUUCAGAGUAGCAGUGCAUUUUAUACAAGAAUAUGUGUUUAAGAAACAGUGACAUACUAAAACUUGGAUUUACUGAUUUGAAAUUGAUUAGAAGUCUCAUCCGCCUAGAUAUUAUGUUAAUAUUCCAGUUAUAACUUCAAGGAUACAGUUCUACCAAGAGAAAAAUUUGAAAAUUUUAUUUGGUGAAAGGAAUUAUUAGAAAAAGCAAAAAAGAAGAAUCCUGCUGUUUUCUUGAUUUCAUUGUAACUAUGAAGAAGAACUUCAAUUAUGAAAAAAAAUUCAAGAGAUAUUUUACUGUAUUGUUUCCUGUCUUGAAGAUUUUGAAUUAUGAUAUUGUUUUCAGAUUAUUCAAGUAUGCUGUGUUUUGAAAUGAGAUUUCAUUAACUUUUUUUCGACAAUAUAAUUUUUUUCCAUAAAAAUUGGAUAUUGGUUGUGUGGCCUAGUGCCUUGAGUUUUACAAAUAUUUCCUUUUAAAUGCAAGACCUUUUCAACAAAAUAGUGUUUGUCAUCAGUAUGGUACUAAACAUUUAUAAUUACUGUGUAAUUAUAAACAAAAAUACAUAAAGCUUUGAAUAUAAUUAUGUAGCAUAAAAGUUAAGGUUGUUCACUAUGAUGGCAUCUUAGAAUUAAAACUAUUACUAGGGCUGAAAAGAGAAAACUGAUUUAAUAUGGUGUGAUUAUUCUGAGGAUAAAUGGUUAUGGAUAAUGUUUUGUACUGAAAAAAGCUUACACAUAUGAUUCUGUGUGUGUGUGUGUGUGUGUGUGCGUGUGCGUGCAUGCGCGCAUGUGUGCGCGUCUAAGAGAAAGACACACACUCGACUUGAAUGCUUUAAUUCGCAAGCAUUUCAGUCUUCAUUCUGGUCAACUUCCCAUGCUGAUCUCUGUUUCAAACUGAACCACAGGUACAGUUUCCUUUUUUGCCAAAUGUCAGAACAAGUACCCAUUUUAAAAUGUAAUGCUUUUUAAAUAGUAAAAUGUAUAAAAUUAGAAGUACCCACAUAUAAAAAUAUUUGAGAUCAAGGUUAUCUUUAGUGAAUAUCACCUGCAUAUAUCUGUAAGUUCAACUGUGUUUCUUAAGAUCCCUGUCAUAUUACCAACAGAGGCAAUAAAAGCUUCAGUAAAAUUGCCAUGAUCUUUUACAUAUUAUUUCAGUGUAUUAGUUUUAUAAAAACUAAAGCAUACCUGAAAACUUUCCCAGGAAGAAUUAAGUACUCAUGGAAAGAGUUUUGUAAGAUUUUGGGGAGAAAAGAUCUGCCAAAUCCUGUUUACUACAUUUGAAAUGUUUACAACUAUACUGGGCUGCUUUACUUAAUUAACACCACUGUAGUUGUGUAAUAUGGCAUUGUAAGUAUAUGUCCUUAUUAGACUUUUAAAAAGACAAAGUAAAUUAACAAACAUGGGAAAUAUUUUAAAUAUCUUUUCUGGAGAAUUCUUAUUUAUGGAAGGUAUACUAUUUUCCUCAAAGAUUUAAGUGAAGUGUUAUUUAUUUUUUAUUUUAUGAUAAUCAAAUUUGAGUAGUUAUAGCUAGUUUAAUGUACACUCUACUUAGAUUCUUAUACAUGUUACUAUUAAGAUCACAGAUUGUAAACUUGUAAUUUUUACAUAUGAAUGACAGAAGAACAUUAGACAACAUUUUAGGAUAAAAAAGGACAGUGGUGCUGGGGAAAUUCAUUAUGGUUCACAAAGUAUGCCUUUGUAAAAUUGAAUCAACACUUAACAAGAAUUAAUUUAUGUAGUUAUAAAUGUUGAACUGUGUAUACUUAAUAGGAACUACCUUGGCACCUCAACAGUUUUCUUUAAAUGUUACCUUAUACUUUUAAUAAUACGAUUUAUAUUGAAUACUUAGAUGUUUUGAUAAAAUUUUAUCAAAUUUGAUAAUGUAAUGUUUUCAAAUGUGAAUUAUUUAACAUAUCUUAAGAGGACACAAAACGUGAAUUGUGAUUUCUAUAUAAUGUGACAAAUAGGGUUCAAAUUAUAGCUCAUCAUUUAAUUGAUUAUAAACUUGAGUAUAUUUCUGAACUCUUUAUUGCCUCCAUUUUUGCAAACAUAGCAGUAAUUUUUAUUUCAUAGGUAGGUAGUUAAGGGCAUUUGCCCUGACACUUUUACCUUUGAUUCUUAGGGUCAAAGGGGGGAAAAGUUUUUUAGUUAAUUGUGAGAAUUCCUGAUAGUACCAAUGUCUUUUUCCAGGGUUAUCCUUACCUUUUGCUUUUUUGGUUGAAUAUGUGCUUUAUUUUUAUACCUGAUUUUGGAGGCAGAAAUAUUCUUUAAACUUAUAAAAACAAGUGUUUUUUUUGUACUGCCUGUGACCAACUCAUUUAUGUGACAAUUUUUUAUUACUCUCAGUGGAAAGUUAAUGUGGCUUUUGACUUGUUUCAUUCAUUUUUUCUUUUCUAAAAAAAUUGUCAUAAGGAAAUUAUGAUAAAAGGUGCACAGCAUUUGUAGCAAAUGGGAUUUCUAAAAAGGUAUAUCUGUGGAGUUUUAAAUGAAAAUUAAAGGGAAUCAUUUUGUAGUUACUCCUUUUUAAAUAGAAAUUUGAAAAUAUUUUUAAUUUAUGUGUAUCUAAAAGAUUUAUUCUCUUACAAGUAUUGCUUAUUUUAUCUAUUGUAGGUUAGUAGUGUUUCGUAUAAAACUUGAUUUGGGUUGUUUUGGUUUUCGUUUGGUUCUUUGGGGGUGUAGGGUGGGCAGGCAAUGAUGUAUUUUGCUAUGUAUCUCUGAUGACAGGCUUGUGAUCUGCCUACCUUGUACCUCCUGUGUGCUGAGAUUAUAGGUGUGUACCACAGUG